AUGUUCUCAGAGGUGAAGUUUCCCGUGCCCUGGGGCCAUUUGGCAGCCAAGGCCUGGGGACCCCCGGAGGGACACCCUGUGCUGUGCUUGCACGGCUGGCUGGACAAUGCCAACACCUUUGACAGGCUCAUCCCUCUGCUCCCCAAAGAUCACCAUUACGUGGCAAUGGAUUUUUCUGGCCAUGGUUUGUCAUCCCACCGACCUGCAGGCUCCCCCUACCAUUUUCUGGAUUAUGUGAGCGAUGUGCGCCGGGUAGCAGCAGCAUUGCAGUGGAGACGGUUCACCCUGAUGGGUCACAGUAUGGGUGGGGCUGUGGCAGGAAUGUUCUGUUUCCUUUAUCCUGAAAUGGUGGACAAGCUGAUCCUGCUGGAAAAUCUCGGCUUUCUGCUAGCUCCAGAGGACACUGAGGCGUGGCUGAAAUCAAAACGGAUGGUUAUCGACAGAUUGCUGAGCCUAGAGGCAAGGCAGCAAGCUCCCAAAGCACGUAGCCCUGAAGCAGCAUUGCAGAGGCUGUUAGAAGCAAACAGACAUCUGACAGCCGAGGGUGGGGCGAUCCUGCUGCAGCGAGGAGCAACUGAGACACCCGCUGGGCUGGUGUAUAACAGAGACAUGAGAGUCCGUACGCAGAGUCGAGAAUCCCUCACCGUGGAGCAGUGCGUGAAGCUCUUGCAGAAGAUCCAGGACCGUGCUCUCAUCAUUUUAGCACAAGGUGGACUCUUGGUACCUCACAAGCUGGAGAGCAAAAAUCACUUUGUGAUAGCCCUACGGGAGGCAUUCGAGCGUACCCUCAAAGAGCACAUCCAGCUAGUAGAGGUGCCCGGGAGUCAUUUUGUGCACAUGAACGAGCCUGAGGUGGUGUCCGGGAUCAUCAGCGCGUUCCUGACAGCGCAGAACACCAGAGCAAGGCUCUAGGCAGGUUUCACUGCAGCAGCAGUUCAGAACAGGGAGCUAAAAGCAGGCUCUGGAGGAACUGUCACCAUUCCUACCUCGCAUCCAACAGCGGUUUCACGAUGCUCAUUCCUAAGAUGAACUUGUUGAACGGGUGGAAGCAGAUCUGCUCAUUUGUCCACGGGAAAAGGAAUCUUUCCUCCACUUCUAGCUCUGGCAGUGCAGGUGGAUACCCAGUGGCCUUCCCCUUGCUUACUCCUAACUUUUGCACCCUGAAACAGAGCAGGAAUACAGGCACAGGCGUCCUCUGCGGGAGCAGCAGCAGCACCAGCUGCAGCACUGCAAGAGAGGGCUGGCUCGUUCUUGACUCCCCUCUGAGCAUGGUGUGAUCAGUCUCUUCCCAGCGCUAGACCUUCUGAAAAACACAGGAGUGUUCUGCUCCUCUGCUUAUUUCCAUGAGGGCUCAGAGCACCUCAAUCUCUCUGUUCUACUGCUGCUUUUUAAAAAAAUUGCCUUAAAUGAGAGCUCUCCUGAGCACAGAAGGCCAUUUCAAUGAGCUCCUAGGCAAUGAGACAUUAAUCCUCUAGCUGAAACUGCUGGGAGAACUACUAGUAAUGGAAAAGUUGGCAGAGAUGAUUUCUGUCCUGCUAAAUAAAGAUUGAUCUUCUACUGUUAACGGUG